AUGCGCUGGUGGAGCAUUUCUGCCGCUCGGUUGCUGCAAGCGUUGAUCGGAUUGCCCGCGUUGGCCGAAGUCGAAGAGGACUGGGCGACGGAGCAGACGCUCGGAGCGAUGCUGUUGCUGGUGUACUACGAGAUGCUUCUUCAGAGAGGCCCGACGAAUUCGAUCGGUCGGCACAUGCAACAAGCUUGGAGGGUUCUAGAGAAAGUCCACGCCUCAGAAAACCCAAGGCUUGACUUCUUCCGUGAGGCCUUCAGAUACUUUGAUGUCAUCCACGCGCUCUCGUCUGGCACGGCGCCGUGCGCUUCAUCCCCGCCAUCGAUUCAUUCCCAUACUUCGAUCUCGGCUCUGGACUCCUCCAUCAGCGCCAUCUCCGGCUUCACAGCCGACCUCUGGCCCAUCCUCCACCGCCUUGCCUCUCUACCAUGUCGACAGAGUGAUCAGAGCCUUUCCAGGGACUCACAUGCGUCCACCGAAGGCAAGGACGCUAGCGACGAGCGAAAGGCAGCUCUUCACGAGCUAGAACAGGUUCUCAUCGCCUGGGAGCCCGCCCUUCCACCUGGCUACACUCUCGUCAACCGUGUCGUCGACGGACCAGAGGACGCCCCCGAGGAUGAAGUGGCGCGCAUCCGCGUCAUGACAAGCAAGGCGCUCGCGUGCAAACAGAGCGCUCUCAUAGUGUUGAACCGCGAGCGCGACGCCGAGGCGGUGCAGCGGCAUGCGAGGGCGGCGCUUUGGCACUGUGUCUCGGCGACGGGACCGCAUCUGCCGCCGGGGCGCGGUACGGGCGCCGGGAUGCUUUGGGCUUUGUUUGAGGCAGCAUGUGAAGCCGGAGAUGGCCGGGAUCGUGGCCUCGCUAGGCAGGCUUUCGCGGCAGUCGAGGCGGCGAGGGGUGUGGUCAAUGCUGCCAAGGCCUGGGAGGUUGUUGUGGAGGUCUGGCGAAGGAGGGAUCUUGCGAAGGCAGGUGGAAGGGCCGAUCCUGGGGGGGGCGGAUGGAGAAGAAUCGCCGAAGAGAUGGGGUUCAGCCUGGUAUUUGGAUAA